AUGGCUGGAGAGGUACUUAAAGGAUUUCAAUCUGCACUUGGAGAGAUGUUUGCAUCGUUUGUGUUUGGAUUUGCAGUGUAUUCUGCACUGUUGGGAUCUGCUCUUAGCUUGCAGAGCGCAGCAAGCGUAGUAAUUGCAUUAACAGUUGGAUUUUCAGGAGUGGGUGUGAUAUACUCGUUCUGUGACGUGACUGUUGCACACUUUAACCCAGCAAUCACGCUUACUGCCAUUCUUACUGGAAAACUUACAAUACUACGGGGCCUUGGAUACAUCUUGGCACAGUACAUCGGAUUCAUCCUUGCUGUUUGCGCACUUCUUCCAUGCUCUCCACUGGAGUAUAAGGCAACUCUCGAUGUGAUCAGACCAAAGCCUGCAGACUUUGGCGGAGAUAACCUUAAUGUCUUCUGGUCUGAGUUUUUCUUCACUGCAAUUCUUGUGCACAUUGCAUUCGCAGUGGGAGUAAAUCCAUACAAGCCAAAGGUUGAUGUGAAUGGCAACUUUGUGAAUCCUGAAGAGGACGAGCCUGUAGAUCGUAGAGUCACUGCACCGCUGUGUAUAGGUCUGACUCUUGGUUUCCUAGCAUUCCUUGGGCUUGCGACAUCAGGUGGUGUCUUCAACCCUGCAUUGCUAUUCGCUCCAGUAAUCAUGUCAAAUACAUGGACAAAGUUCUGGAUCUAUUGCACUGCAGAAUAUGCUGGAGGACUCAUAGGAGGACUUCUGCAAGUCUUUCUCCUGUAUAAAAUCAGCUAUUAG